GUAACAAGUCAACAUUCAUUGGCAUUAAGCUGGCGCGACUCUUGAGGAAAAUGAACAAUAUUUUUGGUUUAUUGUUGUUGUUUAUGACACUGACUGGUUGCUGGGCAACCAACUGUCAGGACAACUUUCUGGCUUUCCAUGGCUCUUGUUAUCUCUUCGGGGAUAUCCAACUCAGUUUUUAUGAGGCGGAGCACUAUUGUAAUCAACACGAUGCCCAUCUGGUGCAUGUGGACGAUUCCCUCGAGGGAGACUUCUUGAAGGAGCAUCUGCGUCACCUUAAACCUUUUGAUCUAUGGUGGAUGGGACUAACAGAUGAGAUCGCAGAAGGACACUUCGUCUGGACAGACGACAAUACUCCUGCACAAUAUACAGACUGGCACGCUUCGCAACCGAACGGUGGUGUUGAAGAUUGCGUUGUCUUCGCGGCGUAUUUUGGCUUCCAGUGGGGUGAUUUGGACUGCACAGCUAAGGAGAACUUUAUUUGUGAAAUUCAAUCGGGAGAAGCAGAAGUAGUUGGCUGAAUUUACACCAGAACACUACCAACCAGUGAACAAUUUGGCUCCAAUAAAUUUUCAAAUCUAAA